AUGUGGGCUCGACUCCUUCUAGGAACGUUGGCCCUUUUGCCAGCCAUUGCAGAACUUCUCCCAAACUACCUGGUAACACUACCUGCCCAGCUUAACUUCCCCUCCACUCAGAAGGUGUGUUUGGAUUUGAGCCCUGGGUACUGUCAUGUUAAAUUUACUAUUACUCUGGAGACCAAAGGCAAGACCCAGAAGUUGCUGGAACAGUCGGGAUUGAAAAAGAGGAACUUACAUUGCAUCUCCUUUCUAGUACCACCUCCCGCUGGUGGCACAGAAGAAGUGGCCACAAUCCAGGUGUCAGGUAUUGGAAAGAACGUCAGGUUUGAGGAGAAGAAAAAGAUUCUAAUUCAGAGGCAGGGGAGUGGCACCUUCGUGCAGACUGACAAACCUGUCUACACCCCAGGGCAGCGAGUGUUUUUCCGCAUCGUCACCAUGAACAGCGACUUUGUCCCAGUGAAUGACAAGGAUCCAAAUAGCAACAGGAUUGCACAGUGGCUGGAAGUGAUGCCCAGGCAAGGCAUUGUAGACCUGUCCUUCCAACUGGCACCAGAAGCAACGCUGGGCACCUAUACAGUGGCAGUGGCUGAGGGCAGGACUUUUGGCACUUUCAGCGUGGAGGAAUAUGUGCUGCCUAAGUUUAAAGUGGAAGUGGUGGAACCCAGGCAGUUAUCAACGGUGCAGGAAUCGUUCUUAAUAAAAAUUUGUUGUAGAUACACGUACGGAAAGCCAGUGCUGGGAGCAGUGCAGGUAUCAGCCUGUCAGAAGGCAUAUACUUACUGGAACCGAGAGGUGGGACAGGAGCAGCUCCCUGACAAGUGCAGGAACCUGUCUGGACAGACUGACAAAACAGGAUGUUUCUCAGCAUCCGUGGAGAUGGCCACCUUUAACCUCACCGGAUAUAUGUACUACCACAACAUCGAUAUUGUGGCUACUGUGGUGGAGAAAGGGACAGGAGUGGAGGCUAAUACCACUCAGCAUGUUUACAUUUCUUCACAAAUGGGAUCAAUGACCUUUGAAGACACCAACAAUUUUUAUUACCCCAAUUUCCCCUUCAGAGGGAAGGGCAAGUUCCAAAUGGAAGAUUUAGUAUAUGAUCGGGAACAAGUGCCUCGUUACUACCAAAAUGCCUAUCUGCACCUGCAGCCCUUCUACAACACAACCCGCAGCUUCCUUGGCAUCCAGCAGCUGAGUGGCCUUGUGAAAUGUGGUCAGCCCCAGGAAGUGCUGGUGGAUUAUUACAUUGAUCCUGCUGAUUCAAGCCAUGACCAAGAAGUCGUCUUCUCCUACUACUUAAUAGGGAAAGGGAGUUUGCAGAUGGAGGGGCAGAAACAUCUGAACUCUAAGAAGGAAGGACUGAAAGGCUCCUUUUCUCUCUCACUGACCUUCACUUCCCGACUAGCUCCCAAUCCCACCCUGCUGGUCUACGCCAUUUUUUCCAGUGGAGGUGUUAUAGCUGACAAAAUUCAGUUCUCAGUUGAGAUGUGCUUUGACAAUCAGGUGGCUAUUGGCUUUUCACCUGCCCAGCAGCUUCCAGGGGCAGAUGUGGAGCUACAGUUGCAGGCGGCUCCUGGAUCCCUGUGUGCUAUCCGGGCUGUGGAUGAGAGUGUCCUGCUUCUUAGGCCAGAAAAAGCGCUAAGCAACAGCUCUGUCUAUGGGAUGUUCCCAUUCUGGUAUGGUCACUACCCCUAUCAAGUGGCUGAAUAUGAUGAGUGUCCAGUGUCUGGCUUGUGGGACAUUCCUCAACCCCUCAUUGACCCGGUGCCUGAGGGGCGUUCGAGCAUGCCUUCCAUCAUGUGGAGGCCCUGGUUCUCUGAAGGCAUAGACCUUUUCAGUUUUUUCCAGACUGUGGGCUUGAAAAUACUGUCCAAUGCCAAAAUCAAGAAGCCUGUAAAUUGCAGUUACUCAUUUCCAAAAGAUGGCCGCAUAAUAGGCACAGGCGCUGAUAUUAUUCCAGAGGGCUUUAGUUCAUCCUCUGCCUCACUUCCUUCAGAGGGUUCUCAGGUCCGCCAGUACUUCCCAGAGACCUGGCUCUGGGAUCUGUUUCCUAUUGGUGACUCUGGGAAAGAAGUGGUCCCUGUCACAGUUCCUGAUGCCAUCACCGAGUGGAAGGCCAUGACUUUUUGCACCUCCCAGUCCAGAGGCUUUGGUCUCUCACCCACUGUUGGACUAACUGCUUUCCAGCCGUUCUUUGUUGACCUGACUCUCCCUUACUCAGUUGUUCGUGGGGAAUCUUUUCGUCUUACUGCCAUCGUCUUCAAUUAUCUAAAGAACUGUAUCAGGGUUCAGACCAAGCUGGCUGAAUCGGAUGAGUACCAGGUGAAUUCAUGGGCAGACUCUCAGGCCUCCCGUUGUCUCUGUGCAGAUGAAGCAGAAACCUACCACUGGAAUAUCACAGCCAUCAAACUGGGUCAUGUUAACUUUACCAUUAGUACUAAGAUUCUGGACAGCAAUGAACUUUGUGGGGGCCACAAGGGUUUUGUUCCCAAAGAGGGUCAGAGUGACACGCUCAUCAAACCAGUUCUGGUCAAGCCCGAGGGAGUCCUUGUGGAGAAGACACACAGCUCCCUGCUGUGCCCCAAAGGAAAGAUGGCUUCAGAAUCUAUCUCCCUGGAGGUCCCUGUGGAUGUUGUUCCUGACUCAACUAAGGCUCAUGUUACUGUGCUGGGAGAUAUUAUGGGCACAGCUCUGCAGAACCUAGACAGUCUGGUGCAGAUGCCCAGUGGUUGUGGGGAACAGAAUAUGGUCCUUUUUGCUCCAAUUAUCUAUGUCUUGCAGUACCUGGAGAAGGCAGGGCUGCUGACUGAGGACAUCAGGUCUCGGGCAGUGGGUUUCCUGGAGAUAGGGUACCAGAAGGAGCUGGUGUACAAACAUAGUAACGGCUCAUACAGCGCCUUUGGGGAGCAGGAUGGAAAUGGAAACACAUGGCUGACAGCCUUUGUCACAAAAUGCUUUGGCCAAGCACAGAAAUUCAUCUUCAUUGAUGACAAGAACGGUGGUGUUGAUGAUGAGAUCUCCUUGACCGCAUACAUCACAGCUGCAUUGCUGGAGAUGGGAAAGACUACAGAUGACCCAAUGGUGAGUCAGGGUCUGCAGUGUCUCAGGAAUUCUGUCACCUCCACCACCAACCUCUACACACAGGCUCUAUUGGCUUACACUCUCUCCCUGGCUGGGGAAAUGGACACCAGAAAUAGCCUUCUUGAAAAGUUAGAUCAACAGGCUGUCGUCUCAGGAGAAUCCAUUCACUGGAGCCAGAAACCUACUCUGACCUCAGAUGCCAGCCCCUGGUCUCAGCCUGAGGCUCUAGAUGUGGAACUUACAUCAUAUGUAUUGUUGGCCCAGCUUAUCAAGCCCAGCCUGACUCAAAAGGACAUAGCCAGGGCCACUAGCAUAGUGGCUUGGUUGGCCAAGCAACGCAAUGCAUAUGGGGGCUUCUCUUCCACGCAGGAUACUGUAGUUGCUCUCCAAGCUCUUGCCAAAUAUGCCACUACUGCCUAUGUUCCAUCUGAAGAAGUCAACCUGGCUGUAAAAUCCGCUGAGAAUUUCCAGCGUAAUUUCAACGUACAGUCCACCAACAGAUUGGUGUUUCAGCAGGAGACUCUGCCCAACAUCCCAGGAAUGUACACCUUGGAGGCCUCUGGCCAGGGCUGUGUGUAUGUGCAGACGGUGUUGAGAUAUAAUAUCCUCCCUCCUAAAAACACAGAAUCCUUUAGUCUUAGUGUGGAAAUGGGAAAAGCUAGAUGUGAGCAACCUACUUUACCUCGAUCCUUGCAGCUCACUAUCCACACCAGUUAUGUGGGGAGCCGCAACUCUUCCAAUAUGGCUAUUGUGGAAGUGAAGAUGCUAUCUGGGUUCAGUCCCCUGGAGGGCACCAAUCAGUUACUUCUCCAGCAACCACUAGUGAAGAAGGUUGAAUCUGGAACCGAUGUACUUAACAUUUACUUGGAUGAGCUCAGUAAAGAGACUCAGACCUAUACCUUCACCAUAAGCCAAAGUGUGCUAGUCACCAACCUGAAACCAGCGACCAUCAGAGUCUAUGACUAUUACCUCCUAGGUGAGCAGGCAACAAUUCAGUAUUCUGAUCCUUGUGAAUGA